AUGAAUUCAUUGAAUUAAAGCACAAUUGAAGAAGAUGAAAAGCAGUCUUUAGAGAUUUUGUAAGGAUUUAAAUUGAGAUAUGCUGAGUUAGAAGAAAUUGUAGAUAAAAAGAUCUCAGAAAGACAAGGAAUUAUUGAGGAUAUAGAUGUAUUAGAAAAAAGACUAAAGGAUUUAAGAAAAAGUUUAAUAAAAAAGAAAGAAUUGAGGGAUAAAUAUUGCGAAAACAUUGAAACAUCUGAAAAAGCUUUAAAUAGAAUUGCUGAUUCUACAAAAACAUUACUAGAUUUUGUGACUAAAAAGAAUUAAAUUCUUGAUAGGGAAGCUAACAUAUGA